GAGAGACCAGAGGAGGGACCAGCCUUAAGGAGAGACCAGAGGAGAAACCAGAGGAGAGACCAGAGGAGGGACCAGCCCUGAGGAGAGACCAGAGAAGGGAUGGAGGUGCGUACAGAUGGGAACUCCCUGCUGAAGGCUGUGUACCUAAGCCGCUUGCGUCUGACGCGGCUGCUGCUGGAGGGCGGAGCCUACGUCAACGAGAGCAGUGAGCGCGGAGAGACCCCGCUGAUGGUGGCCUGCAGGACGCAGCAUGCUGACGCACAGAGCGUGCCCAAACACCGGAUGGUCCGGUAUCUGCUGGAGAGUGGUGCAGACCCCAACAUCCAGGACAAGACAGGGAAGACAGCCCUGAUGCACGCCUGCCUUGAGAGGGCGGGAGCAGAGGUGGUGACCCUGCUGCUGGGCAGCGGAGCUGACCCCAGCCUGGAGGACCACUCCGGCUGCUCUGCCCUUGUCCACGCCGUCAACGCCGGAGACAAGGAGGCGCUGCGGGUCCUGCUGGAGGCCUGCAAGGCGAAGGGCAAGGAGGUGAUCAUCAUCACCACCGACAAGCUCCCCUCCGGACGCCAGAUGACCAAGCAGUACCUCAACGUCCCCCCCCCCCCAGACCUGGAGGAGCGCCUGCACUACACGCCAGCCUCCUGCUGCAUGUCGACCUCAGACAUCCAGCUCCGCACGCCUCCCCAAGGGGCAUCAGGCAGUGCCUCACCCCAGCCUGGCAGCCCUCUGCUGGGCCUCACAGACCCGCAGGACUGCGGUCCCGCCAACUCCCAACCGGAGUCUCCGACCCAUGAGCCCAGUCCAUUGCGAGGUCAGGGCCUGGCCAAGCUGCUCCAUCUCCAGCGUCUGCACUCGGAGCCCUGGCUGAAGAUCCCCCCGUCCCUGCUACAGCACAGCCAGUCCUCCUCGCUGAUGGAGGGGCUGCUAGACGUCCCUCUGGAGGAGGGGCUCAGCAGCCUGGGCUUCCAGGGGCGCCCCCCCACCCAUCAGCACAGCAGCGACACCACAGGGCCGCAGCGAGGCCUGGAGCAGGCAGCCAGCGAGGCCGGUGGAGCCUGGGGGAGAAAAGGCCUGGGCAGGAAGAUGUCUUACGACAGCGCCUCCGCACCUCACUGUUCCUCACACCCCAGCCUGGAGCCCAGGGAGCCUGCCGCGUCGCUGGAGCCCAGGGAGCCUGCCGCGUCGCUGGACAGAGACUCCUGCUUGCCCCACCUGGCGCUGUCCAGCCUGAGGAACGUGGUCCGGCGCCGCAACUUUGGCAUGGACCACUACAGCUCUGACUCGCAGCUGCCCCAGUUCGGCAGCCACCCCCCGGAGGACAGCACCAGGAUGUCUGGAGCCGGAGGGGGGCAGGAGAAACGCAAGCUGGUGGGGAGCCGGUCCUCCACUCUGUCGGGCUCCAGGGAGUCCCUGGAGAGGAGGGGCCCUGGGGCGCUGGAGCGCCGGGGGUCAGGGGCCCUGCUCCUGGAUCACAUCUCCCACACCCGCCCGGGGUACCUGCCCCCGCUCAACCCCCACGCACCCAUCCCCGACAUCGGGGCCGGCCCCACCGCCCCUGGGCCCCUGGGUGGGAGCAACAAGACUCUGAGCGGCGGGCCAAAGUCCCUGGUACCCUGCGCCCCCCUGCUGCCCUGCGCCCCCCUACUGCCCUGUGCCCCCCUGCUGCCCAAGGAGCUGAAGGCCAAUAGGAGGACCCUGCUCAGGCGGCACUCCAUGCAGACCGAGCAGAUUCAACAACUGGUCAACUUUGAGGAGCUCUUUGGGCACUAAACUCUGCUUGCUCUGCGUUGCUGUGUACUUCUGGUGUGAUUUGAGAUAAUACCUUUCAUGAAGCUAGUUAUUUGCCUCUGCUCUGCUGUCAACUGCAAAGUCCGAAUAUUGAAGCCCAGGGUUGUCAAGUGUAUAAAUGUACUGUCUCAAGACGCUGUGGCGGGUAUACCUUCACGCUCUCAUUCUGACCUGGACAUCACCUGGUGACAAGGAGGAUAUACUCGACAGGGCUGACUUCUGAGUCACGUUC